AGGCGGGGUAAACGCCUGUGCCUGGGAAGCCAAACUCGGGGGAACGGAAUCCCCCUGCACCAAUGAGCGUGGGUUACUGUCAGCUAGCAGCGAGCUAACCUGAAGCUAACGCUAGCGGCUGACAGCCACAGACAAACAGCAGAGUUUUCACGUCGGUGAGUCGCAGCAACGCACCGCUGCGUGUCUCUGCCUGCAGGCACGACGCUGCUGUUGACUGUGCGUGACGCUCCACGGCCGCACUGUGGCGCUGUGCUGGGACUGAGCCGUGUCCUCGAGCUGUGACCAUGUUGCCCUCCAGCAGCAGAGCCUGGUUCCGCUCCGCUGUGAAGCUGCUGCCGCCGGGGAGCAGGAGUCCAGGGUGUGUUGGGUGCCCAACCAGAAGUGUUUCUCUAAAGUCCGGAGGUUUGAAACCAAAGACGAUUCCACUGCGGUACCUGGGCCAGCCGAGCCCUUUCACCCAUCCACACCUCAUUAAGCAGGGUGACGUGACCCCAGGCUUGAGCCAGACAGAGUAUGAUCUCCGCAGACAUCGACUGGCCUCGCUGAUCGAGGCCCAGGCCGACCGGCUGGGACCCUCUGCGUCCUCCAGCAACCAUGUGGUCAUCGUUUUGUCCCAUCCGACCCGCUUCAUGACCAACGACAUCCCGUAUCCCUUCCACCAGAACCAGGAUUUCCUUUACCUCAGUGGCAUUUUGGAGCCGGACAGCGCCUUGGUUCUCCAUGGGAAAGGGCGACCGGAUCAAGCCAUCUUGUUCGUCCCCCGCAGAGACCCGGGGCGAGAGUUGUGGGACGGGCCCCGCUCAGGGAAGGACGGGGCGGCUGCUUUGACCGGCAUCGAGAGAGUUCACAGCACUGAAGAGCUGGGUGUUGUGCUCAAGGCCCUGAAAGGCACUGUGCUUUGGUACGAUAACUCUCAGCCGGCCCACCCUCGGCUCCACCAGGCUCACGUGUGUCCUGUGCUGGAGCCGGGGCCGAUGCCGCGCUCUCUCAGGCCCCUCAUCCACUCUCUCAGGGCCCUCAAGAGCUCAGCAGAGGUGGCGCUCAUGCAAGAAGCAGGUCGCAUCACAGCACAGGCUUUCAGGAGGACGAUGGCUCUGUCUCAAGGAGACGUAGAUGAAGCUGUGCUCUUUGCGAAGUUUGAUUUUGAGAAUCGGAUCCACGGCGCCAACUUCCUGGCGUACCCUCCUGUGGUCGCUGGAGGAAAUCGAGCCAAUACUCUUCACUACAUAAACAACAACCAGAUAAUAAAGGACGGUGAAAUGGUGCUGCUCGAUGGUGGCUGUGAAUACUUUGGUUAUGUCAGUGACAUCACUCGGACAUGGCCGGUAAAUGGAAAAUUCAGCGCUGCCCAGGCGGAGCUGUACGAGGCCGUCCUGGAGGUCCAGCGCUCCUGUUUGUCUCUGUGCUCCCCGGGUGUUAGUCUCGAUCACAUCUACAGCACCAUGCUGGCUCUGCUGGGACGGCAGCUCAGGCGGCUCGGGAUUGUAAAGGCCAGUGCCAGUGAACCCGAUGUACUAAAGGCUGCUCGACGUUACUGCCCCCACCACGUUGGUCAUUACCUGGGCAUGGAUGUCCACGACACCUCUGAGCUGUCCCGCUCACAGUCUCUACAGCCGGGAAUGGCCAUCACCAUAGAACCAGGUUUGUACAUCUGCGAGGACAGUGACCAGGCGCCAGAGCGUUUCCGUGGCCUGGGCAUCAGAAUUGAGGAUGAUGUGGUGAUCCGAGACAAGGGAGGCCCUCUGAUUCUGUCCUCUGACGCGCCAAAGACCAUCGCUGAUGUAGAACAGGCCUGUGCCCAGAGAUAGGGCAGGGAGAGACAAGUGAGCAAGUAAGGCACAGAGUUGACAGGAGGUCUGUGUGCUGUGCUUCUCAACUAUCCCCGUGGUGAUGACGUCAUUGGGCUCAGGGCCCCGCUACAUGGGGGGGGGG